ACUCACUCACUCUUUUGUACUUCACUCUAGAACGUCACGCCAAUCAUGAUUCUCAAAAAAAAGAGAGCCCUUGAAUCUCUUCUCCUUCUCGUCUCAUCCUCAAUUCUUCUGUCUCUGUAACCUUGCAGCCUAUUCUGGAGAAAACCCAUUAGUCCUUUGUUAUGUUCAAUUGAGAUAAAGAGUAAUGGAUUACCAGUCACAGGAAAUGAUUCCAACACUUAAUGCUGAGAAUGAAUGUAUGGAAAUAAAAGAGGAGCUUGACGAAGGAACUCAAGGACCAGUACAAAGUCUGACUCAACCGAUUCAAACAAUCUUUGAUUCUAAUCAAAACUUAAAAGCUGAAGUUUGGAAAGAGUUUGUAUCAGUAGGAGUAGGGGAAGAUGGCAAAAAAAGGGGUCGUUGCAUCCAUUGUAGUAGGAGUUAUAUAAUAGAAAAGCUUUAUGGAACUUCACAUUUGAGGCGUCACUUACUACAUUGCUCAAAGAGGCCUGAAAGUAAAAGAGGAGGCAAUGAUAAACAGGUCAGACGCAAACAUAAAUCUACUGACGUGAAGAGAGCCUUAGUUCCCAAAUCCUUCGGCAACAGAGAAGAAGUGAGCAACAAUGUCUCGACAAAGAGGCAACGUAUUUUUACAUCAGAGGGCAAGACACGCUCGGCGAUGCUGCUUGGUCUGGAUAUUCUUGAUUGCCCCAUUUGCUUCCAUGCAUUGACUGUUCCUAUCUUUCAGUGUGAGAAUGGGCAUGUGGCUUGCUCCUCUUGCUGUUCUAAACUGAGGUAUAAGUGCCCUACAUGUGAGUUACGUGUUGGCCACAAACGCUGCAGUGUAAUGGAGAGUGUUCUAGAAUCAGUCUUUGUCCCAUGCCGAAACGCUAAGUUUGGAUGCACCGAAAAUGUAUCUUAUGGUAAAGAAUCAACUCAUGAAAAGGACUGCAGUUUCUCUCAAUGUGCCUGCCCUGCAUUGGACUGCAAUCACACCGGAUCAUACAAUGACAUCUACCCUCACUUUUUUAAUAACCACUGUCACGAAUCCAAUUCUCUGUCCUUUGUUUGCGGUGGUUCAGUUGAUGUUGAGAUGAACAUAGCUUCGGAGAAAAUUAUAGUACUUUGCGAAUCUGAGAAGAGUCUAUUGUUUGCAGUGCAGUGUUUCAAUGAGCUGCAUGGUGUGUAUGUGACUAUUAGAUGCAUUGCACCAUCUACUCUGGAACUAGGGAAGCUUGCAUAUUAUCUCUACUACUCAAUGGAUGGGCACACUCUUACUUAUAAGUCACCAGAAGUGAAGAUGGUUCUUAAAGUGAGCUCUGAAACCCCUCAAGACAAUUUCAUGUUUGUCCCUCACUCUUUGUUGCAUGGUGAAUCGUUGAAGAUAAAGGUUAGCAUUGGACUUAAGGUUCGUGUGGGCUCAUCAUAGUCUCUCUCUCUCUAAGUUCUUUUGUUUUUGUCUAUUGGAGAUCUAUCAUAGUACAAAACCGCAUUUGUACUAUGUAUGUUCUGAUGAAUCUAAACUAAAAGCAGAUGUAGACGUUUAUAUUUGGCUUGGCUGGUUUCUCGGUUCACUACUUCACCGUUGAGAUACUAGAUUUCAGAAAACUCGCAAUGUAGCAAUUGAUCUAGCA